CGCUGUCAAAUUGUUUGGAAUUUUUGUUGUUUACGGCGCCGCUUAAUUUCAACGUUUUUUACGCGCCGGUUGCGCGACAUUCGCGCUGUGUUCAAUAAACAGAGCCCCCGCAUCAAAAAUAAUGCUGGCCACAGUCCAAAUAAAGUGAUCAUAAAAAGGCAAAAAGUGCAACAAAAAGUGAGUGCCAAUAAGUGAAGAUUGAAAUGAAAUAUGCGCUCAGCGAGCAGCAGUCGUAGAGCCAGAGCCUAGCAAGAGUUUUAGUAAUCCACCAUAGAAACACAGAAACUACGAUGAGCUCAUUCCUCAUGGGUUAUCCACAUGCGCCACACCAUGUCCAGAGCCCCAUGUCCAUGGGUAAUGGCCUGGAUCCGAAGUUCCCGCCGGUUGCCGAUGACUAUCAUCACUACAAUGGUCACUAUUCCAUGACCGCAUCAACGGGGCACAUGGGCGGCGGUGUUGGUGUUGGUGUUGGUACUGGUGGUGGGGGUGCUGGGCUUGGUGGCGGCGGCCCUGGCAUGUCUGGUCACCCGCACGCCACGCAUCCGGCGGAAAUGGUCAAUGAUUAUAUGGCCGCCGCCGCGCACCACCACAACCAUAACCCGCUCUCGCACUCGCACCACCACAGCAACAGUCCGCUCUCUGGCCACCAUCACCAGAAUGCGGGCUACGCGACAAACUAUGCCACAACGCCGCCCACGCAUCAUCCGCAUCCGCACCAGAGUCUGGGCUAUUAUGGCCACCAUGCCGCGGCGGCAGCCGCUGCGGCUGUGCACCAUGCGCCCGAGUACAUUUCCGCCGGAGUGGUGCACUCGGAGGCGGGUUACGGACCGCCGCCGUCGGUGAACGUGCCAAACAACAGUAGCGCAAAUGGCUCCAAUGGAUACUACGGCGGCUACUAUGGCACCACUAACGGCAGCGUCGGCAGCACCCACUCCCAAGGCCACUCGCCGCUCUCCUCACAGAUGAUGGACCUGCCACUGCAAUGCUCCUCAACGGAGCCGCCAACAAACACCUCAUUGGGUCUGCAGGAAUUAGGCCUAAAGCUAGAGAAACGCCUUGAAGAAGCCGCACCCACUGGUCAACAGCUGCAAGAGGUGCUACACUGUGAUGAUAUGGGAUCGGAAAAUGAUAUGUCCGAAGAGGAUCGUCUGAUGCUCGAUCGAUCCCCAGACGAGUUGGCGUCCAACGACAACGAUGAUGAUCUGGGUGAUUCAGACAGCGAUGAUGAUCUGAUGGCCGAGACAACCGACGGGGAGCGCAUCAUUUACCCAUGGAUGAAGAAGAUUCAUGUAGCGGGCGUUGCGAACGGCUCGUAUCAGCCGGGCAUGGAGCCGAAACGCCAACGCACCGCCUACACACGCCACCAGAUACUUGAGCUGGAAAAGGAGUUCCAUUACAAUCGCUACCUGACCCGACGGCGGCGCAUCGAAAUUGCCCACACGCUGGUGCUGUCGGAGCGCCAGAUCAAGAUCUGGUUCCAGAACCGGCGCAUGAAGUGGAAGAAGGACAACAAGCUGCCCAACACGAAGAAUGUGCGCAAGAAAACGGUCGAUGCCAAUGGCAAUCCAACACCGGUAGCCAAGAAGCCCACAAAGCGCGCCAGUGCCAAGAAGCAGGCCCAGCAGCAACAGCAGCAACAACAACAGCAACAGCAGCAACAACAACAAACGCCGGUGAUGAAUGAGUGCAUACGCUCCGAUAGCCUGGAGAGCAUUGGCGAUGUCAGCUCCUCGCUGGGCAAUCCGCCGUAUAUACCCGCCGCCACGGAGGCGGCGAAUCUAACGUCAUGUGGUAAUGCGAGCAAUGGCAAUGCCUACGCUGGAUCUCAGCAGCAUCAGGUGCAUCUCAGCAAUAACAACAAUAAUAAUAACAAUAACAACAACAGCAGCAACCUCAACAACAAUCAAAUGCACACGGGUCUGCACCAUCAUCAACAACAACAACAGCAAUCCGAUCUCAUGACCAAUCUGCAGCAGCACAUCAAACAGGAUUAUGAUCUGACGGCGCUUUAGGAGACCCCAAACACGCCCCUAACUCAACCGUGUACAAUGAGUCCUUCAGUUAGCCCCGCAAUACUUUCCGGCACCCACUUCCUAAGUCUUAAGUCUCAAUCGUAACGAAAUCCCCCUUUUUUGUACACCCGGCGAUACGUCAAGGUCACCGGGCAAAUUCGGAGUAUACAGUGAAAAAUAUUACUUAGUUAAGCACAAAACCAACGACCACUGGGCGACAACUUAGGCUUAAGUAACGUCCUCCUCCCCAUUCUACCUUAAAAUAAAAAAGGAGAACCUUGUACAUUAGUGCUACUUAAUUAGAUGUACGUUUUGUAUAAAGCAUAGCAAAUUAUUUGUAAGCCGAAGCCCAAUUUGUCAUAGUUGUAAGUGGAAUAAUAGUUUAAAGAAAUGUAUGAUUAAAUGUAUAAUUAUUAUUAUUAUUAUUAUUAUUAUGAUUAUUAUUGUAUCUAACUAGUUGCAUCUGUUGUGCGUAGAUAUAUAUGUAAGUUCGUGCGUAUAUUUUAUGGAUACAACAGCAAACAAACAUUUAUAAGUACAUAAAUAUACCUAGACAAUAUAAAAACCAAAUAAACCGAACAAAUUUUACUUGGAGUUUACAAAUGGGUUGUUUUUUUUCAGUGUAACUUAAGGUAGCCCGUAAGUAUUAAUAAAAUGUUAAGAGAAUACAAUUUUAUAUAAAUUGUGGUCAUUUUUAGUUAAAGCCAGAAGAGACCCCUUGGACAUAGGGAUCUUGCAUCAAUAAGAAGUUUAACAAAGUACAUUUUUCUUUAUGAAAAUAAAUAAAUUAUUAUAUAAUAAGUUUUAAUUUACAAUGGCGUGAAGUGUGACCAAAUUCAUUUAAACAUCGACAUCCGCAUUUUGAAAUUUCGUAUAAAUAGCGAUUCUAUUAAGUCAUACGCCUUAUAACAAUACACAAGAUGAAACUCUUCAUACCAAUCCUCGCAUUACUUAUUGCUGCAGCUCCUCCCCCAAUAGGCGUAGGAAAAAAAUAACUUGGGAUCAACGCACAUUUAUUAAAAAGAAAAUGUAAAUAAAAGUUUAUUACGUUUUUCAAAAGA